GAGCUGAUCCAGCCGUCGGUAAGCGAGCUGUCCCGGGCGGUGCGGACCAACAUCCUGUGCACCGUGCGCGGCUGCGGCAAGAUCCUGCCCAACAGCCCCGCGCUCAACAUGCACCUGGUCAAGAGCCACCGCCUGCAGGCCCAGAAUGGGAAGAAGGCCCAGGAGCUCGGCAGGAGAGACGGUGACUGGGCGGCUGAGGGGCUGGCCCUCAAAAAGCAGGGGCGUGAGCAGAGCCCGGUUGCUGCUGUGUCUGCAGCAACUGCAGCGAGGAGAUUGUUGCUGUCAGGGAUGGCUGUCUUUAGUGUCUGGUUCAUGAUACAAUUUUGAACGUUAAUUCAGUGUAAUACCACAAGGGUGUUUUUGUCCAUAUACUCUGUUUAAAACAUUAUCAAAUGCAACAGAAGAUGCAAAUAUAUUCCUCCCCUUGAAAAGGUUUGGGGAAUUUUAAAUAGUUCCAUUCAAUAUAACAAGAGAAAUGACAGAAGAGAAAGGUGGUUUGAAGCUAUAUGGUAAGGGACUUCAAAUGUCCCAGGCUAAAGAAAUUUGGACUUGGGUAGUAUUGGAGUGGUAUUGAAAAUGUUUAAGUGAGGUAGUGAUACCAUCAGAGCUAUGCUUCAGGAAAAGGAAUCUGGCAAAGCAUGAAUGAAAAAGAUUGAAGGUCUAGAAAUGAGUUAAAAGGUUAAUGACAAAGUUCAAACAGGAUGACUCGAGCUAACGAUGGUAGCAAUGGGAAAGGGAGGCAAGGAGGUGGUAGAAGCUUCUAGAAGUGCAUAAUUGCCAUAACUUGGAAGCAGCCAAGAUGUCCUUCAGCAGGUGAAUGGAUAAAUAAAGGUGGUACCUCCGACAAUAGAAUACUAUUCAGUGCUAAAAAGAAAUGAGCUAGCAGGCCAUGAAAAGACAGAAGAAACUUAAAAUCAUAUUACUAAGUGGAAGAAGCCACUCUGAAAAGGCUGCAUGCUGUGUGAUUUUAGCUGUAUGACCCUCUGGAAAAGGCAAAGCUCUGGUGACAGUAAAAAGGCUGCUGGGUGCCAGGGUUUAAGGAGAAGGGUGUGAUGACUAGGUGGUGCUUGUCACUUGUCACUGAAGCUAGCAGAUGCCAGCGUUUUAGCAAAAGCAUCAUUCCAAUCAUACUUUUCACAAGGACAGUAUUUACUGUAAAGUACUAGUUUAGAUGGCUUACUGGCCGUAAGUUGAUGGCAAAAAGCAAAAGAAGAAACAAAUCUCCACAGCCAAUAACUAAUAGCUAUAAUGAUUAAUUGAGUAAUUAUAUAUGAUAAGCACUGUUUUCAGACCCUGCACAUUAUUAACUGCACCCUUACAACAAACCUAUUAAUAUGCCUACUUUACAGACAAGACAGUUAAUUUUCUCAAAGUCACAGAAAAUGGCAAGAUAAGAGAACUCAAACUAUGGCAGUCCAUAUUCCAGAACCAUGGCUUUAACCACUAUGCCAGUGGUUCUGGGGAGAUUUUAAAACUAAGUGUGGAUCCCUAAUCCCAACCCAAAACUUGGUAUUUGUCAGAAUACCUGGGAUUGGGACCAGGCAUGGGUAAUUUUUUUUUAAGUGCCUCAAGUGAUUCUUCACAGGCCACCACCGUUGAGAAACACUUCCCUGCACUAGACUGCCUUUCUAAAAACACUCUGCAUUUUAGCAUGCAAUUACUCCCUUCAAGCAUGAAGACAAUAUCAAGAGGUGAUAAAAUAGUUUCCAUCCUUAAGAAAUUCAUUUGGAAGACAAGAACUCUAGAAGAAAAUGAUGGUAUUUAACACGGCCUAAGGUAGGUGCUAUCUUCGAAUUCAGACAAAGAUCAAGUCUUUUGGCUUGGGUGGUAAGCGGAACAAGGGAGUGCUGUUGGUUGAGAAUGUGAGGCCCUAUGCUUAUCCAGUACCAGAUAAUCCUGAGUUAGCUAGUCUCUCCAUUUUAGAAAUGAGUAAACUGGCCCAGAGAGGCCACACCCCUAAUCAGUGGUGAAUACUGGGCUUACAGGUCUCUCCGUGCCAAGUGCUCAUUCCUCCAUUUUGUUAUGCCCCAAGGGAGACAGGAGGAUUCGCAACAGAUGGGGCCUUCAAUGGACAGUCAUCUAAGAAUGGAGAUAGAAUGUGGAAGAGUAUUAGGCCAAGUAGGGUGGUAUAAGAAAGAAGAACAGAAAAAGAUAGUUAUAAAUCUAGAUCAGAGGAUUAAUGAGGAGUUGGGAUUUUACUUUACACACCCUUUUUUAAAAACAGCAUUACAUGAUAUAUACAAAUAAUUUUUUGGAAUGUCAAUUUGUUAUACUGAAGAGGAAGGAAAAUUAUUUAGACCAUUCAAAUAAUUCAUGUGAGUAUCUAAACAGUGUAGUGCAGUAGUAUUAUAAAAGGAAAGACCAGUGUGGAAGACAUGUAGAAUUAAGGGACUGAAUUUGAUAUCAUUGAGACAUAAAUUCUGUUGUUUAAAAAUAAAACAAGAAUAGCUUCUUUCCCCUCUAAAUGAAUGGAAACAAAUUCAGUGCAGUCCACGUACUCCUCUUGAGAUCCAGUGGGAAAGCAAAGGGAAGGAGUCUUUGCCGCAUGGUUAUAAUCUCUCACUUCUCUAGAUCCACACUGAUGGUGGAGAAGGAGGCAGGCGUGUUCCCAGAGUAGUGAACCCUUUCUCAUCAGAGCACCGGAGGACCAAGUAUCUCCACGCUGCAACACAGCAAAAGCCAGAACACUUGUCGUGUUGUUUCUGUUGACCUCUAGAGAAGUCUGUCACCACUACCCCCAAACCUUCCUUUAGGGCCAGCAGGGAGUGGCCAGACAAGAACUAUGCAGGAGGUCAUGGGUGUCUCACGCCUGAGGCAUGCGGGCUCAUCAAGGGCAAGGAGACAGAGCACUUCAAGCUAAAUUAACUCACCAGUUAUUUUAAAAUUCCCCACAAGAGUCGAUCACAUUCUUAUUAACAAAGGGUUAUUAGGAUUCCAUGAGUAUUAAGUGCUCAGAACAGUGCCUGACCCAGUAGUAAAAGCUGUGGUAGUAUUGGCCAUUUUAAUGAUUAUUAAAUUUUCAGUGUAGCAUAGUACCUGUAUUUAAGCUGCUAUGGCCACAUUAGGGGGCAGUGUGAAGAUCAGAGAAAAUCACAAUGCUGUUUAUCAAGAAGGCCUAAAUGAUGGUCAAAGGAGGUUUUUCAGGGGCUCACACUUAUUCACUGGGAAUAGGACAAAGGGAAGAGAAGACUUGAGGAUGAUACCAAAACCUUGAGCCCAGGACACUGUAAAUAUACUAGUUACCUACAGAGAAGCCAGCCUUAAGGACAGAGAGUUUAUGUUUAGAAGGAGGAAUUUUAAAGGAAUUGAUAGAAGGUUUUUUUAAAUUUUAACAGACUUUGAGCUAUAUAGCCUAUACAACACAACAUUUACCCAUUUUAAGUGAAUAAUUCAAUUAUUUUCAGAAGAUUUACAUAAUUGUGGGACCAUCAUCAUAAUCCAAUUUUAGAACAUUUUCAUCACCCUAUAAAGAUCCCUCGGGCCCAUAUUUAGCCAUUCCUUGUUUCUACUCCCAGCCUGUUCUAUUGGGGUUUUUUAAGUAAUUAUUUAGUUUUUCUUUUACAGGAUGGCAUAAUAAAUCCAACAGUAAGAAAAGAUUUGAAAACUGUACCGAAGUUCUACUGUUGUCCAAUUGAAGGAUGCCCUAGAGGCCCUGACAGACCAUUUUCUCAAUUUUCUCUCGUCAAACAGCACUUUAUGAAAAUGCAUGCGGAAAAGAAGCACAAAUGCAGUAAGUGCAGCAACUCGUACGGCACGAAGUGGGACUUGAAGAGGCACGCAGAGGACUGCGGCAAGACCUUCCAGUGCACGUGCGGCUGCCCCUACGCCAGCAGGACGGCACUGCAGUCCCACGUCUACCGCACUGGCCAUGAGAUCCCCGCAGAGCACAGAGAUCCACCCAGUAAGAAAAGGAAGAUGGAGAACUGCCUGCACAACCAGAAGUUGUCCAGUAAGACCACUGAGUCACUGCGUAACCAGCCAACCCCCACACCAGACACUCAAGACCUGGAAACUUCAGAAAUUAAGCUAGUUACUUCUUUUGAAGACUCCUGCAGCUCUAAUGCCAGAAAACAGACCCUUACAGCACCUCCAAGACACCCUCAGAAGCUGCUGUUACCAAAGCCCAAGGCGGCCUUGGUGAAACUCCCGGUGAUGCAGCUGUCCUCCGUGCCUGUCUUUGUGCCCACGGCCGACUCCUCUGCCCCGCCUGUGGUGUUCGGGGUUGACCACCAGGGCUCCGCCCCGUGGGCUGUGCACUUACUGCCCUUGUCAGUAGGAACUCUGAUCCUUGGCCUAGAUUCAGAGGCUCGCUCUCUUAAGGAGACCCUCCCUCUUUCAAUAAUUGUAAGUCCUGUUGCUGUUGAGCCCAUUAGUACAGAUAUUCAAGUGAACUUGGGGAAAAGUCUGUCUAAUCCUUUACAAGAACUUGGGAACACAUGUCAAAAGAACAGCCUUUCUUCAGUCAACGUGCAGACCGAUCUGUCUCAUGCCGCACCACGCUUUAUACCUUCUGCUCCGUGGGAUAGCCCGGAUUCCUCUGUAUCAUCUUGUUCUCAAACUGAUCUGACGUUUGGUUCUCAAAUUUCCCUUCCCAUAAGUGUUCAUACUCAAACAUUUUUGCCCAGUUCUAAAGUAACCUCAUCAACAGCUGCUCAGACUGAUGCAUACCUGGAUGCCUGUUUCCAGUCAGGUGGGAUCUCCAGAGAAACUCAAACCAGUGGGAUGCAGGGUCCGACGGAUGACCGAGUACAGAUGGACCAAGCUGUAAUGUGUGGGGACAUUUUUGAGAGUGUCCAUUCAUCAUACGAUGUUUCUACAGACAGUAUGAUAAGCAGCAGUUUAGUAGCAGAGACUGUAACUCACAGUUUAUUACCUCAGAACCACCCUAAGACUUUAGAUCAAGAAAUUGAGAAAUCUGCACCAGUGAUGAACUUCAGUGCCCAGAAUAGUAUGCUUCCUUCACAGAACAUGACAGAUAAUCAGACCCAAACCAUAGACUUACUAAGUGAUUUAGAAAAUAUCUUGUCAAGUAAUCUUCCUAGUCAGACACUGGAUAGUCGGAGUCUUUUGUCGGAUACACAUCCUGGACCUGACACCCAGCUCCCAUCUGGCCCAGCCCAGAAUCCCGCAAUCGAUUUUGAUAUUGAAGAGUUCUUUUCAGCCUCAAAUAUCCAGACUCAAACUGAAGAGAGUGAGCUUAACACCAUGACUGCAGAGCCAGUCUUGGAAUCGCUGGACAUAGAGACUCAAACCGACUUUCUCCUUGCAGACACCUCUGCCCAGUCCUACAGCUAUAGGGGAAAUUCUAACUUCUUAGGCCUUGAAAUGUUUGACACGCAAACACAGACAGACUUAAACUUCUUUUUAGACAGUAGCCCUCAUCUGCCUCUGGGAAGUAUUCUGAAACACUCCAGCUUUUCCAUGAGUACUGAUUCUUCUGACACAGAGACCCAAACUGAAGGACUCUGCACUGCUAAAAACAUGCCUGCCGUGGAGAGCAAAGUUCAGUUGAACAGUACGGAAACACAGACCAUGAACUCUGGCUUUGAAACCCUGGGGAGCUUGUUCUUCACCAGCAAUGAAACUCAAACAGCAAUGGAUGACUUUCUUCUGGCCGAUUUGGCCUGGAACACGAUGGAAUCUCAGUUCAGCUCUGUAGAAACCCAGACGUGUGCAGAACUACACACAGUCUCCAACUUCUAGAAGCAGAGGCCACGCAGGGUGGGGAGCAUUGACACCUUCCUCCUGGCUUUAGAAAAUGGAGAGUGGAGACAAGUGUAUUCACUCCAUCGAAUUUAGUUGGUGUUGCCAUUACUUCGAUUCUUUGAGGGUCUUUGCCUUUUGUAUGUAAACAUGAAAUCUGUGUUUAAAUGUGAGUGUAUUAUAAAGUGUAAGAUGUUGACCUAAAAACAGUUGUUUUUGUGUUGCCUACAUUUGCCCUUUCACAGCUAGUCUUCCCAUCAAAAAAAAAAGAAAAAGUAUUCCAUACCUUUAAAACCCAUCCAGCCAUUUAGCUGAAGCCAAGCUUACCAGGUACUAGGUACAACUUUUCAAGUCUUCAAAACAUUUUAGUGGAAGUGUGACUAGCUUAACUUAAAUUGCACCUAAAAUAUUUUUGAUAGUGCUUGUUACAAAUUCCUGUUUCCUGAUAAUAACAUCUAAAGAGACCCGUUGCUGUACCAUCAGGUUUCAACACCAUGCCUUGUGGCUCAUGCCUGUGCUUCACCAGCUUUGACAUCUCUUCUGAUGUGAAGACACAAAGGAAAAUGACAGCUGACUUUCGCUUUUGAAACAAUUUUUAUGUAAUCAAUGCCAUCCCUUCUCUACGUGAACUGUUACUGUUGAUAACCAAUGUACCUGUGCAGUGCUUUCCUCACAAGCCCCAUGUUGCUGUAAAAUUAACUAGCAGAGUAGCGGCAAGCACUUGAUGUAAACGGUGAUCCUUCGAGGCUAAAUAAGGAUGAGUCACCCCAACUGUUGUAAUGCUGGGUUGUGGAAUCGCAUUGUGUCUGUUAGCUCAUACCGGAGUCCCGGAGUGUGCCCUACAAAUAUCCUUACUGCUCACUACUGCAGGCCGGGGUGGAGCUCCAGAGCUGUGUCUGGAAGUGCACCCACAAGCUGGAUAUGAGUUUUGUCUCCCUGAAUGUUAAAAAAAAAUAGAAAAGGCUAUUCCCCCCUAUAUUCCAAUACUUUCCAUGAGACUGAUACGGCAAGAGUGCAAUCAGUAAUUUCAAGUGGGUCGUCUUUUCAUCCCCCUCUCAUCUCUUCUUUGAAUAAGGGAAGACAUUGGUCUAACAGGGAUACUGUUUGUGCCUUGAAGAUGGCAAUUAUAGAAUAGAUCCAUGUAAAGUAUGGUACUUUGCAUUUAUUGGUUGCUUUAUUUGUUUAGCGGAAGUAAUACUAGUCUUCAAAGAAAAGGUGAAGACAGAUUGGUUCAGUAAUUAAGAACAUCUAUGUUUUGACAUGGGAGCAUGGACAAUUACACUUUUGGGUUUUCUGUACUUAGGAGAUCCUGAAGUCUUAAUUGUUGGCCAACUUUCAGACAAGUAAAAAUCAGUGCAGCCCAUAAGUUUUCUAAGUUUCUGUUCCUUCUGUAGCACAUGUUUGUGCUGCUAAAGGCAAAAUCUUCAAUAUAAGACCUAGGAGAGGACUAAUUAUCAUCAAAGUAAAUCGAUGGUAUUACUACAGAUUCCUGUCCCAAGAAGAACUGUUGGUAAUGGACAAACAACCUGGCAGAUGAACUCAACCUUGUACAUAAGCAUUUGCUUUGGUCACAGUUUAGUAUGAAUGUGGGUUUCAAAACAAAGCCUUAACUUAGAAUUCAUUAUGUUGUAGGAUUGUCACUGCCUUAAUGUUCAAACAUCUAAGUCCUCCAAAUAAAGGAGAAAUGCAUGUUUGUUUAUGGCUUUUUGUAAAUAUAAAUGCAGUGAUCUAUGGCUUUAAAAAAAGUUUUGUUGCUGGGACAGUGAUUGUCAAUCCAGCUAAUAGACUUAUUUACAGAGAAAUGGAGCAUGUCAUAGUUCUUCAAGUAUAAGUAAGAACUGGUUUGCCCCCAAAACCUUAGUUACCUGAGUUGUUCUAAGAGUAUUUGUAAAAACUGAGAUUCGGUAAUUAAAGUGAGAAAUAUACCUUCUUUGUGAGUUUUUCGAGACACACAAUGUGACUUACUUUAUUGCCUUAGUUUUUUGCAAAAUCAUCAUCUGAAAGUUGUAUGAUGAAAUGAUUGUGCCUAGUUAUUUUCAUUACUAUUUUACCUUUGUUCAUGAAAAUAUACUAAAAAUUUUCCUAAUAGAAAAUGAAAAGACACUCCAUAGUCAAAGUUUCUAUUUUGAAAUACAGGUUUUGUUUUGAUAAAAAGUAUACACCUUAAGGUUUAAGUUUCUGGAAAAUUUAUUCAAGAGAAAUUACUCCAUACAUUUGCCAAAUGCGACCAUUUUAUAAUGGGAGGGCCUUUAUCUUUGUAAAUAAUGUGGCUCUGGCUUAACAGCAAAAAUAAGAGGGUUAAAAUAUGAGUCAUUUUUUGCUCAGUCACUAGUUUGCUGGAAAGCCAAAUCAGUGUGUUUCUGAUCCCUUGAGAUAAGGAAAAUAAAAGCAGGAAAGUUUUGUAGAUGUGCCUGAAAGGUGCUCAGUAAGGUUUGAAGCUACUUUGGAGCAGAAGAAAAUAUAUCAGUAUCAGUCCAGUUGUGACAUUAAGUUGAUUUAUUAAUAGAAAAGGGUGAUUUUUUUUUUCAUGUAAUCCUUUGUGGCCUCAAUUUUAGAAUGUUUAUUAAUUCCAGGCCAACAUGUCCUCAGAAAGCUCUUAAGAGGAGGAACAUGUAACUUUGGGGGAUUUAGAGAUGAAGUCUUUGAAGUGUCAAGUAUUAUGCAGGUUUAUUUUCCUUAUGUCUCAAAAUAUAUGUGUGUGUUGUCGCUUGAAGUAUGUUAAAGUGCCACUGAUUAGAUUUGACACUAGGAGAGGACAUGUCAUCAAUCUUCUGGCUUCAUACUCACUCCCAACAUCUAAAUGACAUGAAUUUUAAUCUAAUUUCUUCAGCAAGAUGUUGGCUACCACAGUGUUAUGACCAAGAAGAUAGUCAACUAAAUGCCAUUGUUUUGCAAAGUUUAAAUCCAAAGUGUUCUCUCAGUUACAUGAACUGUAUUUGUCAGCAGAUGCACUGAUAUGUUGGUUUAUAUGUCAGGAAAGGCUAAAGAGCAAAUGGAGAGAAUUCUCUGGUGGUCCAUGUUCUCAAACAUUAACAAAUGUGGGCACGAAAAUAGACGUUUGAAAGGAGCAAAUGACCAAACUAUGUGAAUGAAAUAAAAGCAUUAUCUAAUACUAGAACUGGAAAAGUACCAAUAUUCAGUCAGUUCUUUCAACAAAUUUCAGAAAAAAAACAAUUUUAUAUUGCCUUACUAAUGAGUAGCAAACACAUUUGUUAGCUUUGUUCUAAAUCUGCAAAUUCAAAAAUAGUGAAGGUAGGCAUAGGAGAAACUUACUGCCCAGGCCCUUCCAUUAACUUUUGGUCCCUUAUGCUCAGGCAAGUUACUGUACUACAGGACUUGAGGCUGCAGAAAAGAAA